AUGUUCAAAGCAUUCGACAUCGCUUGUGGUCCAUCACAAUUGAUGGGGGGAUGGAGCGUCCGAAAUACUGAUUGCUUGCACCAAAGAAGGUCCAAGUCUGAUCCAAGAGGAGCUUGCAUGCGAUCAAGCGCGCAAAGAACGCCGACAAAAGUUCCGUCAUUGACCGUCUCUGCGAAGAAGCGCCUGAAAUCCGUUUGGCGCGGAGCCAGAGCGGAAGCUACAUGGACGACGCGUAUCAUAUCUAUCGCACGUUUGAAAUGUCGGAAUGCCGAUCAUACAAAGGUCCUUUUCAUGCCAUGGACACGUCAGAAGCAGUAUUUAAACGCCCUGAUAAAGGUUUUCUGUCGUCGUCGGUACCUGAGUGACAUGCAUCAAGGCACAGGCAUGAAGUUUAUAUGUACACUCCGCGAGUGCUUUAGAUGUGGCAUGAGAGUGAGAAAACUGCUUAGUUUGCGAUUCUUCCAGUCGGACUGUCAUCGUAUUGGAGAUAGUUCGGGUCGAUUGACAACGCGUUACCUUUGCUACAAUGCUUAUGAGAUGGAUGCGCUGAGUAUCAAUGCAGCUCCUCGGCAUCUGCAUAUUAGCAAUGAAGUCAUUGAGCGAUUUGAGCUCGAGAAGCAGAGUAACAGAGUUGCAUUGAGGGUCCUGCGACUGCCGAUGCGAUCGCUGCGCUUCAUUAACGACUUUGACGAAUUUUAUGUGGCAUGGAGAAAUCGGCUCAUUCAAACAGAUCCAGUGAACAUCCUCAGUCACAAUUGUUAUUCAGAAAAUCGCUCGACAAGUCAGAAGAGACUUGUCACCAUACUCUGA